AUACAGAUUCUGAAUGGUUAAGACCUCUUAUCUGAAUUGAUCAGACAUUUGCCUCUGAAUAGUUAAGCAAUAUACUAGCUCUUAAUGGUUCAGACCUCUUACUGGUUCAGCACUUAAUGGUUCAGACCUCUUACUGGUUCAGCACUUACCCAUUCAGAAGUUGCCAAACAGCCCCUAAGUGUCUUUGUCCAACUGUCAACCGCGGAGUACUAUUUUUUUUUUUUGGGGCUCCGAUCCAUUGAUUGUUAUAAUCAGCGGGCAGCAUCAAAUCACUAGUAUAGCUAUAGUUAAGAAAAUGGCAGAAACCAGAAGAUGUCUCUUCGCCGUAAAUUUGCUAGUGUUUGCCCUGCCGUUUUUCCUCUGUGUCGGCCUGGUCGUAAUCCGGGUCACCCUCUUGUACAACGGUUGUGUGAGAAUCAAUCCCCUCCUUGACACAUUCCUCCUUGGGGGAAUCUUUGUGUUCAUCCUGGGCGUGGCUAGCUGCGCAGCCUUCAUGGCCACAGUCCGUGGUCGUUGUGCACGAGGUGGCUGCGUUUGUUACGUUGUAGUCAUCUUUGUUUUGUGCUUUUUUGUUCUUUCUACCAUCCAAUACGGCUUUGACAUCACCUCCGCCCGCUACUACUUCCCUGCACCGCCGUACGGUGGGGGUUCUGAUGAUCACCCCCGCCUCGACCACUUCUCCCCGGAGCUUCGGGGCGGAGUUAGCCGCCCCGAAGAUUGGGAUCGCAUCAUUGCAUGCCUAGCUCCUUCUAUUGGCUGUGACCGCUUGAAUCAAACUAAUAACUACACUUCCUCUCAACAAUUGCUCUCUGCACAUCUCCCACCAUUGCAGUUGGUAUCAGAGCUCAGUUCGACGAAUAAAGGAAGAUCAUCCUUCAACAUCAAUGGUGCGUGCACGAGGUCGCGGACGUGGGCAACCUAUGGGUGGCGAACCCCCCGACGAGAGCAGCACCUUGACGACGUGGAGGUGAUAACAGAUCUACAACGGCAGAACGAGGUUAUGCGGCAGCAAAUCGCGGAACUCACACAGCGCCUGGCGGUGCGAGAUUUGGAGGAUCAUGAGGAGUCAGAUCGGGGCUCCCGAUCAUCGUUCGAGAAGCUGUAUCAUUACGAACCUCGCGGUCGUGAUUUUCGCAUCCGUGAUGACUAUCGCGGAGGGCUAGGGUUUAAGGUGGAAAUCCCUAGUUUUUUAGGAACCCUGCAAGCCGAUGAUUUCAUUGACCGGCUGAACGAGGUGGAUCGGAUCUUCGAGUAUAAGGACGUUCCAGAUCGUGACAAAGUGAAGCUUGUGGCGAUCAAACUCCAUGGACGAGCCUCUGCAUGGUGGGAACAGAUGCGGCAAACUCGUGAGAAGAAGGGCAAGCCAAAGAUCAAUGAUUGGGAGAAGAUGAAGGGCUUGCGUCAGUCCUUGCAGGAUGUUCUAAGCCUCCAUUCAUUAUGGACUGUUUCUAAGGCAUACAAAAGGGCCCUUGAAGUUGAGAAACAGCAGAACAGGAAGCCAGUGACCAACAACCGUCUGGCUCGACCCCAAGAGCCUCGACCGACCACACAGGGAGUCCAAGGGACGCAGGGAGCUUCUAGUAGUACUAUUAAGUGCUAUCGUUGCGGUGAACCUGGACAUAGGGCGAAUGAAUGCAAGAAACCCGCUUUACAGAGGAGUAAGAGCCUGAUCGUGGAGGAGAACAUCGUUGUUGAUGAUGAUGAAGUUGAAGAGUCUGGAGAUCCAAUCUAUGAUGAUUAUGUAGAAGAUGAUGUUCUUUACGGGGAUGGUGAUGAAGAUAGUGACUUACCUGUGGAGAACCCAUCCGGGGUGCUGGACUUGGCCCCAAUUCCACGAGUGGGUCGUAGUCAUCCUAGAGCCGAAGAGAUGACAGAGAACCUGAGGAGCAAACAUGAUCAGGUGAGACGUAAGAUUGAAGAAAGCAACAACAAGUAUAAGGCACGAGUGGACAAACAUCGACGUCAAGUUCUGUCUGAUGUUGGAGACUUUGUUUGGGCUGUGUUGACCAAGGAUCGAUUCCCUGUUAGCGAGUAUGAUAAACUCAAGGAUCAGAAAAUUGGACCCUGCGAGAUAGUUCAGAAGAUCAAUGAUAAUGCUUACCGAUUGCGGCUUCCUAGUCACUUGAAAACUUCUGAUGUUUUCAAUGUGAAGCACCUAACUCCUUGUUUUUUAGAUUCUAAGGAAGAUGAUGUGAACUCGAGGACGAGUUCUUUUCCAACCCGGGGAGACUGAUGCAGGAGAGGAUCAAGACUGACGUGAACUCCUUGUUAAGGCCUUCAUUUUUAAAUUUGUGUGUCUUUGGGCCUUCGGCCUAUCUUUUAGUUAGACCAUUUAUUUUUAUUCUUAGGCCCGUUUUGUCUUCCAUCUUUUAGGGUUUCACUCCCUUCGUUUUUCAGCUAUUUAUAGCCCGGCUUGUGGGCAUAUU